AUGAACCAAUCUGACAUUAAUUUUCUUGAUCUACCCAAUGAAAUGUUGCUAACCAUCUUGAAGAAACUUGACAAUAUUGAUGUUCUGUAUUCGUUAUUUGGAAUUAAUAAUAAACGACUUGACAUAUUAGUACAAGAUGGAGUAUUUACUAACAAUCUUAAUUUUGUAACAACAUCAUUAAUUACUGAUGAGAAAUUUGAUAGAUUUUGUACUUAUAUACUACCCCGAAGCCAUCACUGUGUCAAAAAACUCAUUCUUGAAGCAACAUCUAUGGAACGUAUUCUUCUCGCUGGUGAUUAUCCAAAUCUGACUUAUCUGGAACUCUUCAAUUUCAAACAAGAGAAAGUUUUUCAUUAUUUUGCAGAGUAUCCAUCUUUGUCAAUUAAUGAUUUACCAUCAAACUGUUAUUUCUCUUCGAGUCUUACAGCAUUAUGUAUAAAUAUGACUCAUAUUGAUGAUUGUCUUGCUAUACUUGAUGGUCGUCUCAAACAAUUAACCACAUUCAUCGUUCAAAUUAAUUGUAUCAGUGAUUCACCAUUAAUUUCUCGCAAUAUGGCAAGUUAA